GUCAUACGGGAAGCCCUGCCUCUUCCGGGUCUCUUCGGUUGGGCCACUGCUUCCUUCUCGCUUGCUUGCUCUCUUUUGUGAGUAAUAGCAACUGUUGCCUUGUGAAUCAAGCGCCAUAGUCACCGUAGUCCUGGUGGCUGUUACUCAUCAACAACUUCUCUUCCACUGCUCUCUAUUUGCUUCCUAAUCAUCACCUACAACAGCCACCACCAGCAAGAACAACAACACAGCUUUCGACGAUUCAGCCUUGGCCAGCGGUGGGGUCUGUCUUGGAGCCGGCUGGCUUUUGGUCUGUCACACAUGGAGGAAGCUUUCAGCAGCUUCUCUGAGAAGCUACCUCUGUAGCCCCUCCUCAACUUGCAAAACCUGGCCACACAAACCCAACAGAUUUUAUUCAGAGACCACGAUGCAGGCAUCAGAGACUGCGUCAGACACAGGUUCAACUGUGACUUUACAAGCAUCUGUGGCUGGCCAGGCAGCAGGGCCCACACAGGUAGUACAGCAGGUACCGGUUCAGCAACAGGUACAACAAGUACAGGCUGUGCAACAGGUACAACAUGUCUUCCCAGCCCAGGUUCAGUAUGUGGAGGGAAGCGACACAGUCUACACAAAUGGAACAAUUCGAACAACUUAUCCUUACACGGAAACCCAGAUGUUUAGCCAAAACACUGGGGGAAAUUACUUCGAAGGAAGUUCUUCACAGGCAACUACAGUGGUCUCCUCUCAUAGUAUGGUGGGCACCGGAGGGAUUCAGAUGGGUGUUGCAGGAGGACAGCUCAUUAGCAACUCAGGAGGGACCUAUCUGAUUGGCAAUUCAAUGGAAAAUUCUGGUCAUUCAGUGACUCAUACAACACAAGCCUCCCCAGCUACAAUUGAAAUGGCGAUCGAGACACUUCAAAAGUCUGAUGGUCUUUCUACUCACAGAAGCUCUCUUCUCAAUAGCCAUCUCCAAUGGCUUUUAGACAACUAUGAAACUGCAGAAGGAGUGAGUCUCCCUAGAAGUACCCUUUACAACCAUUACUUACGUCAUUGUCAGGAGCACAAGUUAGAUCCAGUCAAUGCUGCCUCAUUUGGAAAACUCAUACGGUCAAUCUUCAUGGGAUUACGGACCAGAAGACUGGGAACCAGGGGGAACUCUAAAUACCAUUAUUAUGGGAUUCGUGUCAAACCAGAUUCUCCUCUUAAUCAGCUACAAGAGGACAUGCAAUAUAUGGCUAUGAGACAGCAACCUAUGCAGCAGAAACAGAGGUACAAGCCUGUGCAGAAAGUGGAUGGAGUUCCAGAUGGUUUCACAGGAAGUGGUCAACAGACAGGCACAUCUGCUGAACAAACUAUAAUUGCCCAAAGUCAACAUCAUCAACAGUUUUUAGAUGCAUCUCGAGUACUUCCAGAGUUUGGAGAAGUUGAAAUAUCUUCUCUGCCAGAUGGUACUACCCUUGAGGACAUAAAAUCACUGCAAAGUCUUUAUCGAGAACACUGUGAGGCAAUAGUGGAUGUUAUUGUGAAUCUUCAGUUUAGCCUUAUAGAAAAAUUGUGGCAAACUUUCUGGCGCUAUUCUCCCUCUACUCCAGCUGAUGAUGCGGCUAUUAUUGAACGGAGCAAUCUGAGUGAAAUAGAAAGUCGACUUCCAAAAGGAAAACUAAUUACUCUGUGCAAAAAUGAGUCUAUUCUGAAAUGGAUGGGUAACUGCGACCAUGUGAUGUACCAGGCUUUGGUGGAGAUUCUCAUUCCAGAUGUCCUUAGACCUAUUCCUAGUGCCUUGACUCAAGCCAUUCGCAAUUUUGCAAAAAGCCUUGAAGGUUGGCUUUCCAGUGCCAUGAACAAUAUACCACAGAGAAUGAUACAAAGCAAGGUUGCCACUGUAAGUGCCUUUGCCCAGACUUUGAGAAGAUACACAUCUCUCAAUCACCUGGCUCAGGCAGCUCGGGCUGUGCUUCAGAACACUUCUCAGAUCAACCAGAUGCUCAGUGAUCUCAACCGUGUGGAUUUUGCCAAUGUACAGGAACAGGCUUCCUGGGUGUGUCAGUGUGAUGACAAUGUGGUUCAAAGACUAGAAACAGAUUUCAAGAUGACUCUUCAGCAGCAGAGCACUCUGGAGCAGUGGGCGGCUUGGCUUGAUAAUGUAAUGGUGCAAGCACUGAAACCAUAUGAAGGAAGACCCAGCUUUCCUAAAGCAGCACGGCAAUUUCUUUUAAAAUGGUCUUUCUACAGCUCAAUGGUGAUUCGAGAUUUAACCUUACGCAGUGCUGCUAGCUUUGGCUCUUUUCAUCUGAUCCGCUUGCUUUAUGAUGAGUACAUGUUUUACUUAGUCGAACAUCGUGUUGCUCAGGCAACAGGAGAAACACCUAUCGCAGUUAUGGGAGAGUUUGGUGAUUUAAAUGUUAUAUCCCCUGGAAAUAUGGAUAAAGAUGAGGGCAGUGAAGUUGAAAGUGAAAUAGAAGAGUCGGAUGAAAAUGGAGAGCCACGAGCCAAGAGGGAGAAAACAGACUUAAACCAAGCAUUUCAGGUGGGCUGCUUGCAGCAGCCAGUGCUUGAGAGUAGAAUAGAGCCGAGCCUCCUGAACCCAAUUCAUAAUGAGCACAUUGUUACAAAUACUCAGACUAUCAGACAAUGUAGUGCUACUGGAAAUACAUAUACUGAAGUCUAAUAUUGAAGUGCCCCCCAACUGCAUUGGCCUUGUUGAUGCUAGACUUAAUGGGAGAGGUUGGAGAACAGAUCUGAAAGUUGUCUUAUCAAAUUUUAGCUGUGCUGAACAUUACCUUUUACUGGAGUUGUAAAAUAAAAUGGGUGUAUGCAUUUUGCCAGAUGUUUAAAAAAAAUUUGUAAGCAAAAUCAUUUUACAUUGGUUAUUCAAUAUUGAGUUUUCAUAGUUUCAAGUGUCAAUGAAGAUUUUUGUCAAGCUUUUAAUAUUAAUGCUUUUGUCCUCUUAAAAUUAAAAUCACUUAUUUUUUUCAUAGUUUAAAUAUAUUUUAAUGUUAAUUAUUUGCCACAAUGAUUUCAUAUGCAUCCAUUUUUAAUUAGAUGCAAAUUAUUAAAAGAAAUUCUUUGACAUACUGGAUUCAUACUCAUUUGACAGUAGAUGCAUCAAAUUUGUUAUAAAAGGUGUUUUUCAUUGAACAGCACUAGAAGACACUAUUUUCAUGAAAUUGUGAGCAUUCAGGGGGUAUUUUUAUCAUAAUGUUGGAGGGUUGGGAAGAUCUGUUUUCUUUCUGUAAGGAAGAAGUGUUUUCACUGCAUUUACAAAUGCACAAUAAGUGAUAGAAUUGUAACAAUGGGGUAAUGUGUACACUGUAGGGACACCUAAUUAUCUGAUCACAUGUGAAUAAUACAAGCUUCCUUUAAAAUCAACAGCUCUGGAUUAUAUUUGCAUGCCAAUUCCUCUGUCUUUGGAGACUACUGAUUCUAUUUUGAGACCACUGCACAGAUACGUCUGGUUGUCAAAUGGUACUGUAGUUAAUAGAAACUAAACCACAAAAGAAGUAACUUGAUUUUUUUAAAGUGUACGUGCUACUUAUGUUGAACUGGACAUACAGGAAAACAUUCCUUUUGGAUGACUUUUUUCUAUUCCAGUCCUUUUCCUACUAGUUUAACUUGCUGCUUUCAUAAAUAAUAAUUUAUAAAAUGUAAGAAAUGUAGCAACCUGCAUGAUUUUCUUUUCAAAAUGCAUUUCCUGAUUAAUAAAGUAAUUUAAUUUUUCACAAAAACUUAUUAAGGUAGUAUAACUGGCACACCUCCCUUAUACUUAUUCCCAAUUGCAUAAAAUUUGAAUAGGUGGCUAGAUGGAUCAUUGCUAUUUAAGAAUGUACAUCAGGGAUUGUUGUACCUCGGCUAUUACAUGGUGCCUUAAAGAGAACUGAAGCUAAGAUUUAAUAUUUUUUGUUAUUUUUAAUAACUCUUAAAAUUUAUUCAACAAGGUGUGCCUGCCACUUUCAAAUUUCCUAAGUAUUAGGGGCAGGUUACAUAGUCUUCAAAGAAAUAAAGAGGGUUUUAUUAUUAAGUGAUAUUCAUAUCCCUCCAAAAAUUGAUACUAAAAAUAUUUUUUCUUGUUUCUAGCUGAAUUUCACCUCAUUACAAAUAAAAUUUGCUUGAGAACUUGAAAAGCAAAACUAGCUUUAAUGCCAACUUCAAAUGCUGUUAAAGUAAAUGGACCAUAGUCAUAAGCAUGGUUAUAUAUUUUAAACUCUUGUCAGAUUUUAAUUUUAAAAAGUCAGACUAAAUAAAUAAGCAGGUACAUAAUGCAGCACAUAUUUUCAAUUUGCAUAUGUGGUAGGAUGUCAGUCUGAUGCUAGGUUUUAAUGAUUAUAUUUUAUAGUCAUAGUUUAUACAGUCCAUAUUAAUUGACAUUAAGCAUCUCUGAUUUUUUUCUGAUUAUUUUAAGCACUUUCAUUAUUUUUAAAGCAGACAAAUUUGCUAGGCUAAAAUAUUGAAAAUAAUUAAAUAAAUAAAAGCCAAAAAGUGAAGGAAAAAAUAACAAAAGCAAUUUUAUAGAAAGGACUGCAUUAAAAAUGGAGUCUCUUGUUUUAUCUAGUGUGACUGUGGACUGAUAUUUUUCUAAGACGUAUAUACCAAAUGGGUGAACAGCAUGUGACAUGAACAGUGUAUUUUUAGCAAAGAAAUUUGUUGCUAGGGCUUUCAGAUGUUCUAAGAAUGGUUAUAGAUCAACUAAGAUGGCUUAAUACUUUUUGGGGUACAAAAUUAUUUGUAAAUUUCCUAGCAGAAUUUGGAGGCCAACCCAUACUGCUCCAUUCUAUGUAGACGCAAUUCCUACUUAGGUCUGUAGAUGUUUUUUGUCUCAACAAAAAAUGUAAAUGAGGUUUGUAUUAAUUUCUCUCUAAAUUCAUCUGUGCACUGAAUCCUCAUAGGUUGUGUUAUCCCAAAUAUCACUGCAUCCUGGGUUUUUUUCGCUUAAAAAUCAGCACCUUUCCCCAAAAAUCCUAAAAACUAACCUAUGAUAAAUAUUUAUUCCCUUUUAUUUUGCAUUAUAAUGUUUUAAAAAAUAAAAUAUAGUUGAAUACUUAGCAUUUUUCAUUCUUAACGCAGAGUGCCCUAUGCUGUACUGAUGGUCAGUAUUGCCUGGUUUCAAAUUUUGUGUAGACAAACUUUAAAUUUUUUUUAUUGGUAGAAUGUUUGAUUUGUUGUUGCUGAAAGAAAACUAUGGUUGUAACAUGUAGAUCUAGAUUGCUAAGAAGAGGUGGGACUUGAACAUCUUUUGAACAGUUAACCACUUCAUGUAGUGCAAAAAGAAAACAAAAUAUAUGCAUACAAAGAUAGAAUGCAUAUCAUGGAUUAUAACAGCUAUCAAAAUAAAUGUUAAUUAUUCCUGAUUCAGAUAACUGAAUGAAGUUUGUAUUUCUAUGCUUAUCAACUGAUUAUUCUCUCAAUUUUUUAAGUAAUAUUUUCCCACUUUAACAAUUAUUUGAAAGAAUUAAGUUGUUGUAAGCUGUUGUGCUUUACUUUUAAAUUUACUGCAAUUUAGAUCUAACAUACACACAUGAAACAAUUUAAACACUUCUGAUAUUUCUUAAUAGAUGUGUAUUGUUAAUGAUUUGAGCACAGAAAUAUGGAUCCCUCAGUCCAAACUAUGUAGUGUGCAGCAUGUGGCUGAAUUGCCACUCUGAAGCCUGCUUAACUCUUUUAGAGCUCUAAAGAGCUGUACCAAGCAUCUACUGACUAGACACUACAAGAUAAGUGUUCAUAUCAUUUGUGGAUUUUUACCCAAUCUUGAUGUGAAAUUUAAAAAAAUAAUUUAGAGUUGCUUCCCCCAUUAGUACAUAUUACUUAGUAAACACCGUGGCAGAAUGGGUAUUGUUGAAUUUCUUCUUCAAAACAUGGGGCCCAAUUUUCACAAGUUGUAUACUUAUGAAAAGUUUUUGUUACAUUUUCAUAUUUCUCAUUGUAAAUCAGUUUUUAAAAAAGCCCCCUCUUUUCAGUUAUCUGCUUCUGUGUUUUAUUAUUAUACUGGAGCAUGCUUGGUGCAUCUUUUUUUUUUUUUUAAUGUUCCAUUUAAAAAAUUUGGAUAAUAUCCUUUAAAUUGUUUACUUGCAAAAUUAUGACGUACAGCAUUUUUGCCUUUAGUUCACAAAUGCGCUAAAUGUUGUGCUAGUGUACUGUCACUGAGGAAUGUAUAGCUUUAUAAAACAUUUCAAUUCAAACGGAAGCAUUUUUAAAUGUCUGAAAUACUGCUUCUGUUAAAAAUAUUUUCCACGAGGGAAGACCUGACCUGAUAUAUUUGUGGUUCUCACCAAAUGAUAUCAGCAUUGUUUAGAAAAAAAUUUAUAUUAGUUAGCACUACAUUGCAAUCUAGCUUACUUUAUAGAAGGGUUUUACAAAGUUAAAUAACCUUUUAUAGUCAUGAAAAAAUGGUAGAAAAGCGACUUUUAAAAUAAUGUAAGUAUUUUUGGUACUUUGUCACAGUUAUUUCAGAGUUUAAAACAUUAAUUUGAUAGAUCAUUAUAGAUUUCUGAAAAUUACAUCCUUGUCUGUAGAAAAGGAAAACUAUCAUGUCUGUGGUUUAAAAAUAGGUCAAUGACUGGCAUUCUAGUAACUUUUCUACUUUGGUGAUGAAAAAAAAUAAAAUACAGGAAUAGAAAAAUAAAUACAAAGUACUUAGUUUUAGCCUUAGAAAAUUAAUUUAAUGUAAUGCCUUGCAUUAACCCUUUGAGCAUUGUGAGGAUACACUUUUUAGGUAAUUAGACUACUGAAAAUAUUCUACAUAUUUAAAUAACUGAAUGCCCUGCAGAAUUUAAAAAAAAAAUUCUAAAUUAAAUAUUUGCAUGCUAGACAGAAAUGUUUUUGUUUCAAAAGGCUUAAAAGAUUUAAGUGAAAUUAUUCACUGCCACCAAUAUCUGCUGUAUGGUGCAAAACUAUUUCUGCUAUUUUCUUUUCAUAAUUGCAUAAAUAUCUGAAGAAAUAAAAUAUUUGACUCUACAGUCAUAGGUUGUUUAAGAUGCCUUUACAAUAUGGAGGUUUAGAAAAAAUAUUUGUACUCUUUUGGAAAUAUCUUUAGGGUAAUAUUAAAAAUACUUUAAUACUGUAAGUUAAAAUAUUUCCAAACAAAACCAAAACUGCUUAAUUAACCAGAAAAUGAAUUUUACAGAAUCCUUGGUAUGUUUGCAAUCAAAUUUUCUGCAGUCUAUCAGACAAAUAGACAAAAAGGACAUUGUAUUUAUAUUACUUUUAACAUUCAGUUACUGUGAUAUGAACUAAUGAAAAGACAGUGGUACUAGAUUCAGCUUCCUCUACAGGGAUGCAGUUUGGAUGACUUAUUGAAUGUCAGAAUUUAGAAAGAAAACCAAACCCUAGAAAUUGCACCUGCCUUCUGAUGUGUUGAAAAGUCUUUUGUUCUUACAAGUAGUACUCACCAGAACAAGGGAACAAGUUGAGAAGUGAGUAGAGAGCUGUUGAAAAUUAUAGAUAGAGAUAUCACCUUACUUAGCUUUUCUAUUGGUUGAUUGCAGAAGCAAUCAACAACUAUAGGUCCAAUUUAAUUUUAUUCAAAUCUAGCUGAGGGAAAAAAAGUCUCAUUACACUUAGUGGAAUUAUAUCACUUAAUACAGUGCAAGUAAGUUGUAAAGAUUUCAGUAAGUUAAUGCAAAUUCAUGCAUAAUUAGAAUGCAACACGCAAAGGGGUUUUAUAAAACAAUAUGUUAUUCAUAAGUUAUUGUAAAUGCUCCCCAGUUUGCCUGCCUUGAACAUUGCUGCUAGUGAUUUCAAAUGCGAGCAGACCUAACUUUAAUUUACCCAUUUUACUUAAGAAAUAGUAAAAGCCACUUACAAAGUGACUACCUAGUUUUUGUUGGAGGAAAAUAUACCUCAGUUUGAUCAUUUAAACUUUUGUGGCUUAUUCUGAUUUUUUUUUUCUUUUAGAAAAGAAACUCAAUAAUUAAAAUGUUGGGACUGGAAGCCCUAAGUAAUUAAAGUUUUGUAAAAAUUGUUCUUGUAAAUUGAUCUGUAAGCCUGAAACUCACUAUAGAGAAAAAAGUCAUAACAAGACUAUGAGCAUCAAAAUGACCCUCACUUAAAUCAGAAUCAGGGAAAUGCUCUUAUGUUCUUAAGUGCUUCCUUGAUCAUGGUGCAAAUGUCUUCAAGAAUUUUCAGCACUGGGUGAACUUUAAAAUAAUAAAUAUUUGAAAAGAAUUAAGACUGUAGAGGGACGACCUCCUUUGAUCUGGGUUCACCAGGGAUAUAAUAUAGCCAUUAUCUUUUGACUCGCUGAUAACAAGAGGGUCUUUUUCUUUUAGGUUUUUUUUUUGCUCUAAGAAUACUAAAGGGUUCUCAAAUACAUUGUUAAUUGUUUUGUAUUUAAACAUUAAAUAUCAUAUUGAAGUAAUCCAAUAAAGCAAUUUAAAUGUAAAAAAAUGUAAUCAUGUACCAAAGCAAGUUUCUCAUCCUCACUGAAAAUUUGAAUUUACAGUAAUAACCAAUGAGGCUAUUGAAUAAACUUUGAGUGCCUUUCAAACACUUGGGAAAUUUUGCCUCAGGUGGUAAACUGCAAUUAGGUUAAUUCCAGAACUUGCCAAUCAAUAAUUCUGUCGUCACUCAGGGCUUUCUUAGCUUCUGGAAAAUUUACUUGGUUCCAUUUAUUUUCUACUGUAUUUUUUUAAGGUGCCAUAAUUUAAAUUUCAUUUAGUAAGUGGCAGUUUACAUUAUUCAGUACCACAGGCACAGAAAUGUAAUAACACUAGAAGAAAUUGAACUUUUGUUUUCCUAUUUACUGCAUACAUUAUGUAAAUUAAGAAAGGAACUUUUUUGUAGAAUGUGCAUGUGACAAUGUCGUUUUGCAGUUUUUUAAUUUGUUGAACACACUUUAAUUAUUUAAGGAAAACCUCUUUACAGAAUAAUUUGAUAGGUUUUUUUUGUAUAAUGUGCUUGAUUUUGUAAAUAUGUAUUUCCUGAUGUGAUUUUUUUUUUUUUGUGAGAAAUGCUAAAUCUUUUAGUAUAUCAUGUCCUCUCAAAAUUGGAAGGAGCUAAAUAAUAGUUUGUGGGCAAUUUGCAUUGUGUACUGUACAAUAACUAGGAAACUUUUAUAAUUAUAAAAAUAUAUAUUAACUUUUAGUGUGUUGUUUUUAAAAAUAAUGACUGGAACAUGCUAAAGACAGUAGGAUUUUUCUGAAUAUUUCAGACAUGAACUCAGGCUAGUUUUCUUGUGGUUUUCAAAAUAAAUUUGUGUCUUGUAUUCCGAAAUAAAUAAAUUUGUUUUCUUGUUACAAACAUUUGACAUUUGAAUUGUCUUGAAGUUUCUAUAAUUAAAUACUUUAGAUUACAAUACUAAUGAAUUUGGAAGAAAAAUUAUUUUAACUUUAUUUAAAUCAUAAAUGGAAGUUUAGUUCAACCUGCCCGCAGUGCUAUAAUAUAGUUCCCAUAGCAUACAAUAUGGCAGAAAUGGUGGAAAUUCAGGGAUGCACGUUAUUGUAAGAAGACAACAGAAUAUGAUGGAUUGCACAUGAAAAUGUCAUUUUUACUACUUCUGCAAGGUGAUUUUUCUGCAGUGUUGAUAUUACCAAGUAAGUCACAUUCUAUAUCAAGUUAUUUUAAAUGUAUUUGUAAUGGUUUCACUUCACUAAUUUUGGUUUCCCGGCCAACGCACCAUUUGUGUAAUGGUUUGAAUGUUUAGUAGAAUCAUUUACUCUUUUUCUUACUGUGGUAUAUAAUUAGGAGAAAAGCAAAGCAGACUCAGACUUUAAGGGUAUAAAGACAGAUUUAUUAACAAACACUAAAAGAAGAGAAUGAAAAUCAAAAUGAAACUUUCCAAAACACUUCCCCCUCCCCCACCAGCUUCUACUCUUUCUCACAGACAAUGUAUGAAGACAAAACUUGGAACUCAAGGUCAGUACCACUUAUGAAAUAGUCUUUCAUCAGUCCUUUUAGAGAGAGAAGUCUCUCCUGAUAUUUUGUGGUAACAUUCCACAAGAAAAAACAGUCUGCUUGUGGCUUUUAACUUUCAUAAAAGCAGCCGCCUGGGGGAAAAAUAUGCAGUUGUGAACCUCCCAUUUUGGGCCUGGCAUUGGUCAGAAUUUAGACUUCAGGCUCUGCCAGUGUCUGCGUGAAAGGCAAGUGAGCAACUUUCUCAUGUUAGCCUGAGAAAUCUUAAGGAAGAUUUCAAACAAACCUUGGGAAGUGAGAAACCAUUCACAGGUGGUGUUUUUUCCAACAUGUUUACUGGAAAAAGAUGUUUACAAAAGGGUGUAGACGCUGAAUAACCAAUCAUGUCCUUUGUACCAAACUACUCUAUAAAAGUAGCAUUUAGAAGAAUAAAGUUUGCUCUCAUCUUUACCAUCAUGGAGAGUCAUGUUGUUAUUCCUGUGCCAUCUGAAAAUCAUAACAACAUCCCAUAUCACGUAGCCUUUCCCAUGGCUACAUAUGGGCCAUGGACUUAUGUAUACUGGGGUAUCAUUUUAAAAAUGAACAAUUCAAAUGCAAAGGAUAUUCUUUAUCUCAUGGAAGAGAGAUCUGUUUUCAAUUCUUCACUGGCCAAGAGGGCUUCUUAUCUCAUCUUUCUCUGUUCAAACAUCUCAUAGGAUCACAGGAUCACAGCUACUAAUUCGACAUUCACACAGUCAAUUACAGAUACCUUUGCUCAAAUCCACAAAUCUGAACAAUCAUUUCCCCAGUUCAUAUUUUCCACGUAUUAAAGGGAUAUUCUAACAUAUUACAGUCUGUUACCACAGCUCACAGAAGACUUCCAGCCUAAAAUACCAAGGCAUUUUCUCAUCUCUUCCAUGAUACUAAAAAAGAAAACAAAGAAAAAUAAAUCUUGACUACAAUGUGGUGCUCUUAACAGUUUGUUCUGAACAAUUUUAAUAAUAGAACUGUUUUCCUAAGGAAAUACAAUGCACCCAAAAUCUGAAGCUGUCUUCACUACUAGAGUUUAAGGCAUACUCAGACAUACUUUCACAGAUUUAGCUGGAGUGGUGUUUAACAAAAUGUUGCCCCAAACUGUUCUCUCUUUCCAGCUGGAAGUUGCUGUUCCCCACGGUGAGUGUGAACUGAGUACACAUGAUCCAAAUAUCAUCUUUGUUCCACAGCUUGGGAAGUCCUUAAAGCUUCCCAAGGUGUUGUAGUAGUUCAGUUAGAGGAACAAGAAAACAAGUGGAUGAUUGUAGGGAGAUACACGAGACGGCUGGGAUGUAGACCAGAUAUCUCUGGAAACAAGGCAGCUCUGUAAACACGUGGUUUAUUGCAUAAGGCAUGGGUGAAAGGGCACUGCUUAGAGUUGCUAGGCACAGCUAGAAGCAGGUCAAGAAAGAGAGAGAGGGAGAGAGAGUGCAAAAGAGAGAAAGAAAGAAAGAGGCAGAAGUUCUUGUUACAAUACAAUAAGUCUCUUUCUGUGUUGAAUAUUCUGAUUUACACUAACCAAGCCAGUGCAAGAUACAAAUCUUACAGCAUUUACAUACAGCGUAUAGGAUUACCAUUCCACCUUUGGCAAGCAGGAGGGUCUUGCUUAAUCAAGGGGGAUUGCCUCUAGCUAGCCACACCAUUGUUCAGUAGCUGAUGGCUCGGUAUCUCACACCUCGAGGCUUGCCUUCAUUUUCAUGUCGCUUGUAGGUUUUAUAUUCUCAAGAUCUAAGCAGUCAUAUUUAUAAGGCUUUCCUGUUCCAUCUUCUCCAACAGAUGAUGAUGGGCAUUUAUUGAAUUAUUGAAUGAUAUAGGUUGAAAGACACAUUUGGAGGACUCUAGUCACAGAAUCACAGAAUCACACGGUUGGAAGAGACCUUUAAGAUCAUCAAGUCCAACCCAUGCCCUAACACCUCAACUAAACCAUGGCACUGAGUGCCAGAUCCAAUCUUUUUUUAAACACAUCCAGGGAUGGUGACUCCACCACCUCCCUGGGCAGACAAUUCCAGUACUUUAUCACCCUUUCCAUACAAAACUUUUUCCUAAUAUCCAACCUAAAUUUCCCUUGGUGCAGCUUAAGACUGUGUCUUCUUGUUCUGUCAGUUGCUGCUUGGAAAAAGAGACCAACCCCCAUGUUGGGGGUUAGAUUUGUUUUUUUCUUCUCACAGAAUUUUUUCCCAUAAGUUUCCAAGAGGCCUUGAUGACUACUUAGUCAGAACAAAAAGGAGUACUUGACGGACAUGGCAGCACAAGGCUACACCUACUGUUUUUUGAGUCCCUGGGAGUGUCCCUCAGAGGGGAGAGAUGAUGAGCUUUGGGAAAGGCAAAAAGACAGAUCUGGAGGAGAGGAGCUCACUCUUGCUCUCAGCGCCGAGGAGGACGGUCAGGCUGCCCCUGCUACAGGAAGAGUUCGCGGCCCUCACUCUGCCUCUGUCUCGUCCUGGGAAAUCUAUCGUCAUCUGCUCCUGUUCCCGGGAAUCCUGAGCUCGCUUUCUCCAGCCCUCCCCCCACCGCUGCUGCUUCUUCGGAGCUUUGAGGUUCCCCUGCUACUCUGUAGCCCUGCACUGCCCAGACCUGCCGGGACACCCCUGCCGCUUCAGCUGCCAGCACAGAGCUCCUCAUCUCAUCUACCGGCCCGGGACUUUCCUCCCUUCCAGCUCGGCCUCUCGAAGUCCCGCAGGGGCACCGAGAUCAAACUGUCUCGGGCUUUCUGUGAAAAGCCCUCAAGGUUCUUGGUUCUGUUUAUUAUUGAUGCUGUAGUUGUUGUUUGUUUGUUGUUUUGUCAUAUAUACUAGUAAAGAACUGUUAUUCCU